UAGCGGCUCGAGCUGCACAGGCUACCUACUAUCUUGCACGUAUUCAUACGCACGGGUCACAGACCUCGCAGCGCUGCUAAAGUCUGCUCGCAAAGCUGAGGUCCAAGCAGCUCUGCCGGCAGAGCUCUGGAAUCGCGGCAGGAGAGCGCAGAGCAGCACGACUCGCCGCGGCAGCAUAGACCAUGUCCGACUCCGACAGCGACGAAGAUUUCGUGGAUCUGACGCAGGAGGACGACGACGAGCGGCCCAAGCCCAAGCCGGCCAAAAAGCCCGCCGCGAAAGCCAAAGCGCCGCCGAAGAAGAAGGCGGCCAAGGCGCCCAAAGAUGAUGAGGAUGAGGAGCCCAAGGAGGCGCCAAAACCGAAGCCCAAGCCCAAGCCGCGGCCCAAGAAGCCCACGGGGCCAAGAGGCGACAUGCCCCUCGUGCUCACGGCCGGCGCGGGCCGCGACGGCAAAAGGACAUUAAUGGUCGAGCUCGAUUCGAAAGCGGGAGGCUUCGGCGUCGACACGGGCGCUAUCGGGCGCGCGUCGUUCCCUAGAGUUGAUGGGAAGCGCAAGUUUCGGUUGGACCUGCGAGGCCAGGAAUACGACGCCACCAUCCGCCCCUGCGCGACGAUGCUCGUGCUGAAUGUGGCCGGCGCCGAAGCCAGAGUAGAAACGGUCAUCAGCGAGUACGCGACCAUCAAGCACACGCACGACGCGACAACCGCCUACGAUCAAGAUUUCGGGACGUACGCGGGCGACGCGAACGUGAACGCGCGCCGUCGGCGCGGCGACAGCGACGGCAGCGACAGCGACGCGGCUCCACAAAAGAAGAAGCCGAAGAAGAAGCCAGCGGCGCGGAAGCGGAAGCCUGCCGCUCGGAAGAAGAAGUAAUCA